AUGGAAACAGAUCUGACUCUCGCCAAACACCGUAAACCGUCGAACUUUACCGGUGGAUGCUUCGGUUCGCCGUCGUCUUGUCUCUCACUGUUCCACACAGAAACAGAAUACGCUCGAAUCAGUACUACUAACCACAGCAAGAAGACAAGAUCAAGUCCAAGUUUAAGGAAUCUGAUAAGAAGAUUGUUACUUGUUAGAAGUUGCGUAUUCGAGAACACGAAACCGAAGACGUUAAUGAAGUUUCAUUACGAUGCUGUGAGUUAUUCGCAGAACUUCGACGAUGGUCUUUAUUUGCGUGAUGAUGAUCGCAAGGUUUUCAGAAAACAGUGUCCGAAUAAAAGUUAA